AUGUUCAAAACCUACAGCAAUCCGCUGGUUUUUACCAACAUUCUCCCAACGGAUGAGGAAAAGAGAACUAUCAACUUUUCUGCGUUGCCACAAGAGGCUGUGGUCGAUGAUGUUGUAGUAGAACCGCAGGUUUCUACAGAGUCGGGUCCCUCUCCCUCUGUACAUGGUUCUGGGUUUCAAGCAUUGAAAAAGGAAGUUGCAAAUGUUGGUGCACAGUUUAAUGACAUGAAGACCUACAUGGACAAGUCGAUUAUGAAUUUACUUAAAGAUAUCAAAAUCAUGCUUGACAAGCAAACUGAAACAGAGGAAGCUAAGGAUGGAGGUGACCGAAUUUCCGGUCAGAAAGGAGUAGAUGCUGAAAAAACAAGUGAUUUUGCGGUUGGUGGGCAGGAUGGAGGUGACCGAGUAUCUGGUCCGAUAGGAGUAGAUGCAUCUACUUUGAAGAAUGGAAUUAAUGCUUCUAUUUUAGAUCUUCUUCUAGAUGAGUUUGUUGCUGGCAUUGAUCUUUGGGGCAUUUCUACCAAUAAGACCCCUACCCUAGAUGACCUUGAAUUGCCUCCAUUUAACGAGUCUCAAAUUGUAGAACUUGAAACCAAAACAAGUGUUCAACUAGACCAUAUGGACAUUACACCUGAACUAGAAGCAAGAAACAGAAAACCUGGACCAUAUGGUAAAUCACCAUUCACUGGUUUUAGUUCAACUGGCAGCAGCACAAACAUUGCGCCUACAUACUUUCAUAUUAAACACCCAUUCGCAAAUUGCAUUGGCUUUGCUAUUGAUAUUGAACUGAUCGCCGAAUUUGAGGCUUGGGGCAAUAAGAUAUUGAAUCCUUAUAAUCUGGGAGUUGAUAAAAUUGACAAAAUGGAUUGGUUCUACAAUAUGAUGACUACUGGAAUAUCUUGGGGAGAUUUGCAUGUUGAUGUCAUUAUGUAUUACCUGAGGAAGAAGGCUAAGUAUGGGCCAAAUAAUGGAGUAAGAUAUGUAACAACUGACUGUUUUUUCAAGUCGUGGGUUGAGUUGAUCCACCAGCAGUUUAAGCAAAAGAAUUAUGACCCCAGUAUUAUUACUCCAGAACAUGAUGUGGCACAAGUAAUCCGUGGAUAUAAGAUUCUUGCAAAUAUCAGUUGGGAUAAAGUGGAUUAUGUGAUUAUACCGAUUAAUGUAGGCACGAAAUUUCAUUGGGUGCUAAGUCUUUUAUCUAUAAAAAAGAGGUGUCUUUAUGUCUAUGAUUCACUCCCGGGGGGUAAAGUGCACACUAAUGCGGUUACAAAUAUUCUUGAAAAACUGGCAAUGAUGAUACCCCUCUUCUUCAACAGUAUCGGAUUUUAUGGCAAAAGGGAUGACAUAGAUUGGAACAAUGAACCAGCCUACAUUCAUCAAAGUAUUGAUUGUGGAGUCUAUGUAUGUGCAUUUGCUGAAUAUAUCAGUGAUGGCAUGUUCAAUAUCCCAAAGGCCACCUUCAAUCAUAAUCUUCACCGUAGUAGGUAUGCUGCCCUACUGUGGGAUUACGCAAGGCAAAAGCAGGAUGCUGGUGCUAUUAGUGAGAGUGAAGUUACUGGAUUUGUUACCGCAAAAUUAGGUGGGCCAAAAGUUUGCAAGGAACCUGUACCAGAGAGGGAAAAAUUACCAAGACCUAAACGAAAAGUGAAAAACUAG